AACUAUUCCUUUCUCAUAAAUGGAGCCACUGGUUGCCAGGCAUUGAUGGAGUCUCUGAGUUUGUCUGUCUGUGUCAUGUGGUUGCUAGGCAUUGAUGGAGUCUCUGAGUUUGUCUGUCUGUCUGUGUCAUGUGGUUGCCAGGUGUUGAUGGAGUCUCUGAGUUUGUCUGUCUGUCUGUGUCAGGUGGUUGCCAGGCAUUGAUGGAGUCUCUGAGUUUGUCUGUCUGUCUGUGUCAGGUGGUUGCCAGGUGUUGACGGAGUCUCUGAAAUUGUCUGUUUGUCUGUGUCAGGUGGUUGCCAGGUGUUGACGGAGUCUCUGAAAUUGUCUGUGUGUCUGUGUCAGGUGGUUGCCAGGUGUUGACGGAGUCUCUGAAAUUGUCUGUGUGUCUGUGUCAGGUGGUUGCCAGGUGUUGAUGGAGUCUCCAAGUUUGUCUGUCUGUCUGUCUGUGUCAGGUGGUGGUUGCCAGGUGUUGACGGAGUCUCUGAAAUUGUCUGUCUGUCUGUGUCAGGUGGUUGCCAGGCGUUGAUGGAGUCUCUGAAAUUGUCUGUCUGUCUGUGUCAGGUGGUUGCCAGGCGUUGAUGGAGUCUCUGAAAUUGUCUGUCUGUCUGUGUCAGGUGGUUGCCAGGCGUUGAUGGAGUCUCUGAAAUUGUCUGUUUGUCUGUGUCAGGUGGUUGCCAGGCGUUGAUGGAGUCUCUGAAAUUGUCUGUUUGUCUGUGUCAGGUGGUUGCCAGGCGUUGAUGGAGUCUCCAAGUUUGUCUGUCUGUCUGUCUGUGUCAGGUGGUGGUUGCCAGGUGUUGACGGAGUCUCUGAAAUUGUCUGUCUGUCUGUGUCAGGUGGUUGCCAGGCGUUGAUGGAGUCUCUGAGGCAAGGUGCCAAGGUGGAAACCAACCAGGUCUACCUGUGUGUUCAUGUGUCAUGGAACAACCACCCAGGUAUCUGGGAUGUCUCCAAGCUUAUAAAGAAUGAAGAUAAGUGUAGCAGCUUGAGGAUUGAUGAACUCUCUCCCCCUUCUGUGACAGUGGACGGAGGACGAGUUCUCAUCCUGCUGACAGAGGACGGUCCAGGCAUUGAGCCAGAGAAGCUUCAGGUGAAGAUUGAGGAGGUUGCUGCUGACAACAGCAUCACGUGGAGAUCAGAAAUAUUUACGCCAGUCAAGGAAGACAUCCGUUAUAAGCAUGUCAUUGCCUACCAAGUACCCAAGUACAAAGACAGGCAGAUACUGGAGCCUGUCUGUGUGAAUGUGGUCAUCUGCUGUAAGCAGACGGGCGUGGAGGACAGGAAGCCGAUUCUGUACAAGCCUCUGUCAGAUAUCGUGGCCUUGAACAGAGGAAAGCGGAAACGUAGUGUGUUAGAGAAAUAUGGAGAUAAAGUACAAAAGGUAACGGAUGGGCGAUGUGUCAAGAAAGAGUUAUUCAAAAAGAUCAUGUGCGGUGGUGUCUCUCCGGUACCCUGCCCUGCUGGUGCAUCCCUCGCUCCAGCGGCGACACAAUCGUCCCCCAUGGAGCUUCAGCAAGCACCGGGUAGCCAGGGUGAGGCGGUGGAAUAUCUCCUUCCAUGCCCAAAUACUCAGCUGAUGGAGAGAGACCUCAUCUGUGGGGCACCGGAUGUUGAACAGUGUGUGCGUGUUCAAUUAUCUAAAGACACAAGUGAGGGAAGGUUAAGACAAAUGGUGUUGAUACGCGAUGAAAACUCGUCAGUCAGUUCGGCUGACUCAGAGAAUCAUAAUAUGCCACAAUCAGUGAUUGAUGCAUGGGAAAUCCCAGACGAAGGAUUACAGAGCAAAAAAUGGGCAAGAAACUCCAACGAAAAUGAUAAGCUGACAAUGAUGAAGAAAUACAUGACGAAUCAAGAGCAUCAUCAGACAGGACCUCCGGAGAAUGGUACCACAGAGGAUAUGCACUCUGACCCAGUAGGAGAAACCACAGGUGGAAAUCCAGGUUUCCAAAUGCAGAUGUCAGGACCCACUCCAUCGGAGUCCUCACUCGGAAUGCAUGCCCGUAGACAGGAUGAUGUGGGAUCCUCUCCAGGACAUUCUGCCUUCCAACUGCCAGGACAGAAUGAUGUGGGAUCCUCUCCAGGACAUUCUGCCUUCCAACUGCCAGGACAGGAGGAUGGGGAAUUCUCACAGGGGAUUUCAGGUUUCCAAAUACAAAGUCUAGGACAGAAUGCUCUGGCAACCUCAAAUGGAAAUCCGGGUUUCCAAAUGCAGAUGUCAGGACAGACUCCAGUGGAAACCUCACAAGGAAUUUCAGAUUUCCAAAUACAAGCUCAAGUACAUAAUGCUCUGGCAACCUCAAAUGGAAAUCCGGGUUUCCAAAUGCUGAUGUCAGGACAGACUCUAGUGGAAACCUCACAAGGACAGAAUGCUCUGGCAACCUUAAAUGGAAAUCCGGGUUUCCAAAUGCCGAUGUCAGGACAGACUCCAGUGGAAACCUCACAAGCUCAAGGACAGAAUGGAAAUCCAGGACAGAAUGAUAUUCAGUUGGACAUCCCCUUGAACACUAUUGAUUUAGAAACAAUUAUUGCAGGUGGUCCGUAUGAGUCAGGGGGCCUCUUCAAGGAAUUCUUCCAAGAUACUGUUGGAGAUAAGUCCUGAGGACAUACCGGGUACUUCUUCAGCAGAACCUCGCUAGCCCAGACCCAACCUCCUGGACUGUUAUGGUUUGGAAUGUCUAUGGAUAAUGUAAAUAAAGAACAAUUUGUACAAAUGCUUGUUCAUCUGGAAAUGGGUUAUUCUUGGACUGACAGCUCGGGAUUAGCAAGGUUUCCCUGUAAACAGUGCUGACUUGAUACUGGUUGGAAAAUGUUAAGAAGUGUUGCGGUGAAACCAUUGAUUUUCAUUAUUUUCUACAUUUCAUGAUAUUGUUUCCAUGCUGUGUAGUUUAAAACCGUUAUCAACGAGUGUUGAUAUAUUUGAUAUCAAAAGACACAAGGGUGAGAUUCUAUUUAUUAUCCAACAUCAUUCUUCCAACUUUUACAGUUUGUAGACAGUAAUAAGCAGUGUCUUAGGUGUAAAAAGUACUGGGGCGCGUUGCAAGCCAGGAAUCGCUAAGAGAAAGCAAAUUAAUCGCUCACCCCGGGAUAUGCAACAGUUCGAAGUGCUCUCUUCAAAAAUGGCGGCACAACUACUGCUUGGUCGAUGACGAGCUGAUGAAAUUUAUGACCACUUUGAAGAUGUGGAGCAGACUGAGGAUGAUGGGGUGUUAGCUGCCUUUGCUCAUUUCCUCGUUGAUCCAGUCAAGAAUUUCUUGUUCCGCUGUCCAAGUCAGCCGCCAAUCAGCAGUAAAUCUGCGAGAUCUUGCUCUGUAGUCUGGCAGUGAGUCUCAAUCCUGAUCAUCAUUUCAAGGGACUUAACUCUAUCCUUACUCACAAGAGAUUGAUUUUGGUGCGCCAUAUCUUCAAGAAUAAUAGUGAAGACAAUUUGAAGUAAUGUUUAAUGCUUUGUUGCAAUAAGUUAUUGUGUGUUGUGUUAUGUUGUUUUUGUUUGUUUUGGGGGUUGACAGUCUGACAGUGUCAACUCCUGUUGUUGUUGUUGUUGCCAUUACAUAUCUCUAGAUGUAUAUUAGUACAUGUAUAUUGUACUCCAAGAAUAAUCAUAGAAACGCACUUGCCUCUAGCGCUCUACUUUAGUAAAGCCACAUAUGUUUUUAGGAUUGAGAAACAGUUAUUUGAUUUGAUUUUACUUUUGUACAAAAUAUACAUGGUCAUGAUGGUGUCAGGGGAAAUAACUCCGUCUUCACUGAUUCAUAACUUUCUGCUGAGGUAGAUGUUAAAAUUGUGCGUUUGUGAAAAGAAAGAAAUAAUGGUAGUUUAUUAUAGAGAAGGUAGGGGGAAAAUUGGGACCCCCUGAUUACCAAUUAAGAUAAAAUUUGGGAGUGCCAAGAACAAAUUGCAUGGUCCUUAUUUUGGUGAAACUGGAUGAAAUGGAUAAGAAUUUGGGAAGGGUUGACCAAAAUAUAAUGGUUCGGUAAUACCUUAUUUAAUCCAGCCUGUAACAAUGUGUGUAUUGAGUGACUGUUCCCUUUGGGUUUUUUAAAUAAUUAUUUAUUUGUUUAAGGAUCCGUCCACUGAAGAAAAAAUCAAUGAAAUUCUCAAUUGAGAGGUUUUUUAUUUCCGCUGUGUUUGAAAACCCAAUUUAGCAAUAAAAUAUAUCACAAAUUGUCUUCAUGCAUGUCCCAACAGAAGACAUUAAAGCUCACCAUGGCAGCAUGUUUACAUAAUUGUUCAGGAUCUUGGCCAUGACAUUGAAUUAUAAUUUUAUUUUUUUAAUAUCUCCCAACCAUGUGUUUACACAAAAGACAAAACAAACAUGAAAGUGCUUUUUUCUUUCUUCUUCUUUUUCGACCACCGAGAACAUGUAAUAAAACAAGGCCUUUUGAGAAGGGAAAAAAUGAUUUCAUGUUUAUUUUCCAUCAUAAUCAUUGAAUUUGAUAGAGGUGAGAAUUAGACACAAACCUUGUGACCUUUCACCUUUGUGAAGCCCAUGACCUUUGUGAAGCCCAGCUCUGUAUUUAAUACAGAAUAGAGUGUAUUUUCUGUAUGUGCCAGUAUUUGUUGCAAAUGUUAACACAGCAGUUGUUUACUUUAAUGUUUAUUUGGGUGAAUCCACAACUGGUCAUGUGUUUCCUUAGCAAGUAACAUUUUAAUCAGUUUCAAACUGAGGAUUUUAUGAUGUAAUACUCAUGAAUUGUAAAUACUUUAUGGAUUACCUAUGAUGCAAGUUGUAAAUCUUGUUAUUUAUUUAUAUGUGACAAACAUUUUGUAGAUGUUGAUAAAAUGAACCUUUAAGAACAGACAUUAACACAUUUCAGUUCCAUAAAACCCUCCAAACUAGAUGUUUGUGGGGUGGGGGUGGGGGUCUUGGGAUGGGGGAGUCUGAGUGAGUGAGGAUGUUUUCAUGCCUUAAGGCAACAUUCCAGUGUAAUCUAACACAGGGGACUCCAGACAUGGGUUAGACACAGACCCACCCUAGGAAUUGACCCUUGGCCCUUAUCUUGUUGAAGUAACGUUUCAACCACCAGGCUACCAAACUGCCCUAAUUUUGUAAAGAAGCACUGAUGAACACAUUCCCUUUUUUCUUUGUAUUUCUCUUUUUAAUCCCACUUCCAACCAUUCUUUUAUAUUAUGUUUUGCAAUUACGUUUUCAUUUAAUUUUGAUGACAUUUGUGGGUUUAAACUAAAGGCGCUGGGAGCCAUAAAGUAAUAAUGAUAAUAAUAGGUGUAUAACUACUACUAAUAGUUAUAAUAAUAGGUGUAUUACUAAUAAUAGUAAUAAUAAUAGGUGUAUUACUGCUAAUAGUAAUAAAUAUUAUAGAUGUAUUACUAAUACUAGCAGUAAUAAUAAUAGAGUAUUCAGAUUCGUGCUUCAUGUUGUUCUUUGCGUAAUGAGAAUGUUUAUUGUGGUAGCAAGUUCACCUGUCCAUCAGUAACUUGGGCUGCAGGGUAGCCCAGGGGUUAAAACAUUUGCUGGCAAUAGGUCCAGGUUUGAUUCCCCACAUCGGUACAAGAUGUUCAGCCUAGUCCUAGUACCUAUAGACCAGCUCAUCAGUUUAUCAGUCUGUAAAAUGUAAAAGUCAUUUCCUGAGCAAAACUCAAAAAGUAUUUCUUCAAAGAACAUACCAGGGAUUUUAAAAAAAAUAAAUGAUUUUGUGUUUUUCACGGAAACCAGACUGAUCAUGCUGAUGGUUUGAUACCAGUUUGGUGAAAU